CAAGAACGGAUAACUGCGAGAAGCAACGGUUACGCGCAAAUAUCUUUGCCGUUGCUCUUCCACCAAACCAAGUCACGAAGUCACAAAUCCAACGCGUUCCAAACUUCUUCCAUUACUCAAGCAAGACCCUAGCCAAGUACCCAUUGAAUUGAGUGUUGUUGCUUCAAAGCCACCAUGUCGAGCGAUGAACCCCAGCAAAAUAAUGGCGGAGUGUUCUCGGCGAUACCCCUUCGGAUCGAACUGGAGGCCAGGGAAAGCUCCAGGAGUUUGCUGAGCCUGCCAAGUCUUCCGCCAAACAACAAGUACCAACAACGGGGUCGCCAAGACUUGCAUAACAACGCCAGUGGCUUUAUCUUUGGUCUGCGAUCCGGGUUUCUCUCUCAAAUGGCGCUUGGGUUGAUGGUCCUGUUUACAGUCAGCGACAAGGUGCGGGCAGAAGCCAGUGAAUGCCUCGUGGGAGCGAUUGUCUUGACAAUUUUAUGGACUGUUGUGUCCAUUACCACGACUGGGCUCUCGUGCAAAUGCUACUUUUGGAUGAACCGACAACAACAAGAACAGGUCGAACAGGAAUUCCACUUAUUCCAUGGAUCUUUAAUCGGCAUGUUUUUUGCGUGGAUCCUCUUUGAUCUCCUGUUGGAAACGAGGGCGAUCUUUCUUCUUUUCCAUGGUGUGGUGGCGGUGACGGGACACUGUUGCCUCCGGAGAUCCAAGGAGAUCUUUGUCCGAAAUAGAAGGGCGGCCCGGAAUGUCAUUAGUGAUGAUCUAAUGAAGAGUCUUGACAUGGCAUAGCACGAUGAAUAAUCUUUCACCCUUCCCUCUCCUCUAGACUAUAGACCUUACUGUGGUCCAGCUGCCGAAAGACUUGGUACUCUUUCCUGCUCUUCCGAAUGCAUAAUAAUGGCCAACCUCCAAAUACAUCUUGUAAUGGCAAUCCUAAUACGUGUAGUUGCUGUUAGAAGUUUCGC